AUUGAAACAAGAUGUCGACUCUAUCAGCUGCAAGGGCGGAUAACUUUUACUAUCCACCGGAAUGGACUCCAGAUCAAGGUUCCUUGAACAAGUUUCAAGGACAGCAUCCUCUCAGAGAGAGAGCAAAGAAGAUAGGCGAGGGGAUUUUGGUCAUUAGGUUCGAGAUGCCUUAUAAUAUAUGGUGUGGUGGCUGCAAUUCUAUGAUUGGCAAGGGUGUUAGAUUUAAUGCAGAAAAGAAGCAAGUUGGGAACUAUUAUUCUACAAAGAUAUGGAGCUUUGCAAUGAAAUCACCAUGCUGCAAACAUGAGAUAGUCAUUCAGACUGAUCCUCAGAAUUGCGAGUAUGUAAUCACUAGUGGUGCCCAGAAGAAGGUCGAGGAGUAUGAUGUAGAAGAUGCAGAAAUCAUGGAGCUCACUGCUGAGGAAGAGAAGGGAAAGCUUGCAGACCCGUUUUAUCGUCUAGAGCACCAAGAAGUAGAUUUGCAGAAGAAGAAAGCAGCAGAACCGCUUUUGGUCCGUCUCCAGCGAGUGUCUGAUGCAAGACAUGCUGAUGAUUACUCCAUAAACAGAGCUCUACGUGCACAACUUAGGGGACACAGAAAACGUGUAGCAGAAGAAGAGGCUGCCUCAAGGAAGAUAGGCCUAGGGAUAAGACUUCUUCCAAAGAGUGAAGAAGAUAUUAAAGCUGCAUCAAACGUGAAAUUCAAAACCAAGUUUGACAAGAACCGAAAGGACAAACGAGCACUAAUCCAUGCAUCUUCCAUAAAAAAAAAGUGACAAGUUAUUAUUAUAAGAUGUUUCUACGUUUGGGAAA